GUAAUCUCCCAAUUCAAUUGUUUGACGAAUAGUAUUUGAUUGCAAUAAGUACUAUCUUUUAGUCAAUGAGCAUAGUCCAUCCCCCUCGCCCCCUUGAGUUAUGAAUUCGUUAAUUAAUCUGCUCUGACAAGCUAUGCACGUGAUCGCGCGCCAAACGCGUCUCACGAUAUGACGCGAAGGAAAUCAAAUGUCAUUGUCCAAUUAGGGCAACUCCAUCGUUUUCCAUAUCUCUAUAUCCCUGUCUCUUCUCUUCAUCAGCUGCUCAUGGCAAGCUCAUGCCUAAGCUAUUGAUCGUGGUGCCCUCUUUACUGCGCCAUUAGACCACAAUGGAGCAUGAUAAAGAGCAUUGGAAACGAAGGCCGAAAUGAACACGCCCACACCUAGAGGGACGCCUAGUCUUACUCUCCCCUCAACUCAAAACACUGCACCCGUUCUCGAAUUCGGCUGCCUGUAUACUCUUGAUAUUCGCCGAAAGGCGAAACGCUGGCACGAUGGCUUUCUUCGCUUCCAUACCUUCAACAAACGUAUCAUGGUCUAUGAUAUGCCGCGAAACUUCAUCGGCGACGUACACUGGCGAGAGAGUGGAGAUUUGCAAGACGGCGAUGAAAUUACAUUGGAGAAGGGUGUGCUUGUACAGGUAGGCGAGCCAGUAGGACGAUCUGAGCAAGAUUUGACCGGGCUGUGGGAAAAGAAAGUCAAGGACCGUGAAGAGCGAGUCAAGAAGGGUUCAGUAACUCCAAGAUCGCCAGCAGCAACCAGUUCUGCUUCCAUCUCAGCUCAAGCUCAGUCUCCCACUCCGAGGAAUCUUCCACUUCUCCCGGCACAAUUACGACCUCGAUCUCUUAACUCGCUGCUGGGACUGACUAGGAGGAGCUCUGGGAGAGUAGAAGCUCCUGUACGAACUCCGUUUGAAGAAAGAUAUGGCAUUCAACCAGAAGAGGGAUCUCAUAAGAGACAAAAGACGGUUGCGGAGCCAAGUAGUGCUUCAGCUGUAACCCGACAGCCGCAGCCUCCCUCCUCAAAAGCGUCGGAACGCUCCUUGAAGCGGUCAUUUACUGAACCGGAGCCGACAAACCGUAAUAAUGAGAUCAUUAUCAUUCCAGACGAUGAAGCAGACCUUCGACACAGACGAUCUCAAAGCAAUCGUCCAGAUAGGCGACGCAAAGAAGGCCAUUCUACAAGAGAUAUUCAGAAACCGACGAACGAUGCUACUAUCGACGAGACGAGACGCGAUCAUGGACGGCCGAGUUCCUCUGUAGCCCACUUACCGUCAAAGCCGCUCCGAAUAUCCUCCUCUUCCUCGCGCAAGAGACUCAUGUUCCAGGAGACUCAAUCCUCAAGUAUACCUGCUAUAUCUUCGAGUACAAAGCCACCAGUUCAGCCUCACAAGCCAGACAUUCCAACAUAUCCAGCAGAUGCGCUUGGCAAGUUUCAGCAAGAGCAACAGACACGCAUAGCUGCGCGUUUAUCACGGAAAUCCAAUCACGACAUCGACCCAUUUCAGGAGAUUGGCUCAACACAGUUAUUUGAAGACAUUGCACAAAGUUCUGCUAUAGAGCACAGUUCAUCUUCAUCAUAUCCGGAUCUGGAUCCGGAUCCAGACUCGCUUUUUCUUCCAGAACGUCCACCGCCCGAGAGGCCACAAAUUAACCGUUCUAAGCAAAGCCCUGCAGCUCUACAGAGUCCAACGCUUCAAGUGCAACCAGAAAAGCCUCCUCCGCAACCACUUCAAAAAAGGAAAUCUUCCAACAAGGACAGCCCGUCAUCGCUCUUGGAACUUAGAUCCAUUGAUGUCGAUGGUGAUUCUGCCGGUGUCAGGAAAGGAAUUUCCUCAAAUGAAUCUACCCCGAAUUCCAAUCCCAUUUCCGAGAACAAACCCAACACUCUGGCUCCUUCAGUCACAAACCCUACAACCUCGUCCGGGCGAUCAAAAGUUCAAAGUAGUCUGUCUCCCCUGCACUUGGACUCGAAUCAGCACCAUGUGUUUCCAAACAUACAUUCUGGAAAACCCAUCUUGACCGGACCCGCGCAUCGUUCAGACCCCUCUGCCAAGCCCGUCUCCGAGCACGUCGCGCCAGUAAUAGCAAAUGGAUUAACAAAGUCGGGACAAAAGUCCAGACCUGAAGCCGGCCUCAAGUCUUCGAUUGCCGCUUCUACUUCGGUUGCGCUUCCGGCCCCUUUGCCCGAUCCAGCACCUACACAUCCCCCUCCUCCUCCAGGUCCUCCCUCAUCACCACCCGCAAAGCAAACCACAGAACCAAAUGCAAGAUCCAACUUCAAUACUACUCAAACGCAAAAGCCCGUCCAAGCACCUACAAGCGAAGACAAGCCACCUCAUAUCCCCAACGAACCGUCAGAAGUAGUAGUUGAGAAUGUACGACAACCUCCCCGGCUUCAUCAGCAUCUUUUUCAGAAGCGGCACCUGCAGCAACAGCAGCGGCACGAGCAACACGAGGAACACGAGGAACAUCAGGGAAAUAAGGAACAAGGAUGCUAUAAACAAGGCACAUUUACAUGGGAACAAACCGGUCCCUGGACGCGCGAGGCAUUCGAUUUGUUUGAUUGGCGACCGCCGGGGUUUUGUGGAUGAAGUUUCUUCUUUCGUCAUUUCAUUUCAUUUCAUCUCAUUUUUUUCUUUAAAUAGAAAAAUGAAAUAUAAUGAUUUUCUCUAAGAUAA